AAAUGGUGUUCGACCUGUUGUACAUACCGACCCCCACGUUCAUCACACUGUCGAAUGUGUGAUUGUUGUAUCGACGGCUUAGAUCAUCAUUGUACUUAUUUAAAUAAUUGUAUUGGAUCUCGAAAUUAUUUAUAUUAUCUUACUUUUUUGAUCACGAGUGUUUUGAGCUUGGUCAUGAUCAUUGGAACUUCGAUUUGGAGGGUUUUGAACUUUCAUCAGUCUAAUCAAAUUGGUAAUCAUCCAAUCUCUGUGUCUGUCUUGGUGAUCUCUUCAAUCGUUUUGUUUCCAAUCACUACUCUCCUGUCGUAUCAUGUUUAUUUAACUUUCAAAGGUUUAACAACAGUAGAACACAUC